AUGAACAAUUGGCAAUUAUCGUAUUCAACACCAGUUGAUUUAAUUGAACAUUUGAAAAAACCUUAUUUUAGAUAUGAUAAUAAAGAAAAAGAGGCAACGAAAAUUAUCUUUGAUGAAAGGGCAAAUUUGAUUUGGUGUGGUGAUAGUUAUGGUAGAAUAUCUUCUUAUGAUCCAAAUUUUCAGUUAUACACUCGUUACACAGGUCAUUUUGGUGCCAUGCCAGUAAAUGAUAUGCUAUCCCAUAGAGAUGGUAUUCUAUCAUUAAGUGACGAUUCUUUGCAUUUUUCAAAUAGAAGGGGUGUGACCACAAUGAAUAUAACCAGUAUAGAUAUCUCUCUCUUGAGUGGUUUGAAAACUAUGUGUUAUGCUUCAAAAGACGUUCAAAAUGUUUUAUAUUGUGCUGGUAACAAUUCAAAUUCUGGUAUACUUUCAAUUGAUUUAAAUAAAAAUUGUCUAUCAUCGAUAAUUGAUUACUCUUCAAAGGUAAAAUUGAUGUGUUCUAAUAAUAAAAUUAUCUCAAUUGGUAAACAAUCAGGUUCCAUAGAUCUAUUGGACCCAAAUUCGAAUCAUAUCAUAAAAUCAUUUUCCGCUCAUUCUGCAACUAUUUCAUGCAUGGACUCAAGAGAUUAUACUUUAGUAACAGUAGGGAAAUCACGAAGGUUUAAUAGUAUGUUUGCGGAUCCAUUCAUUAAUGUUUAUGAUUUGAGAACUAUGCAACAGUUGCCUCCGGUAUCGUUUUCCAAGGGAACAAAUAUGGGUUCUGGAGGUGCGGAUUAUGUGAAAUUACAUCCAGUCCUACCUACAGUGAUGACUGUGGCUUCCGAACAAGGUUCAUUUGAUUUUAUAGAUUUAUCGAAUCCAACUCUAAGAACUCAAUUCGUACAUCCUUGUCGUUCAGUUAAAGAUAUGGUAAUAUCAGCCAACGGUGAUUAUUUAGGGUUUUUAACAGGUGAUAACACUUUGGGGACCUGGUGUAGGUCAAGUUCGAAUCCUGGAUUUACUAAUACUCCAGAUAUAUUAGAAUAUCCAGAUUUUAUAAAUGAUGGUAUUUUAAAUGUACCAGGUUCCAUUGACAAUGAUGAUUACUCCCUAAGUUCUGUAGGUAUGCCCUAUUACCCUGAAAAGUUACUUUCAGCUUGGUCUCAAGUUGUUUUCAGAAGUAAAGGUACUCUUCCGAAGGCAAUUGAUGUUUCUCAAUUAACGAAUUCAAAACUCCAACCUAUUAAACCGCAACAGACUAAUAUUAUUCCAUCUAAUAACAAUAAUGGUAUCAAUAACAAUAAUAAUAACAACAGUAAUAUUAACAACAACGGCAACAACAAUAAUAAUAAAUUACCACAUUUUUAUAAAUAUAAUUGUUCAAAAUAUGGACAUCGUAAUGUAAUCGAGUCCUAUGUUUGUUAUAAAGAUAUAAGAAAAACUGUGACCAAUAAGCUAAACAUUGUGAACAAGAACUCUUCAGCGAACGGUACUUUAAAUGUAAUCGAUACGGAAUUACUGCGAUGUAAGCCGUUGAAUGAUCAAGAAAUUCCUCCUGCAUAUAUAAAAUUACAAUUGACUCAUGGCCGUUACGGUUCUGAUAACUUCGAUUUCAAAUCGUUUAAUAAGACAACAUUUUCUGGAUUAGAUACAGAUAUUGAUCACCCUUACACUAACUCGAUACUUCAGUUAUACAGAUUUAUUCCUGAAAUCUUUAAUUUUAUUGUGGGCUGUUUAAAGGAUGAAAAUUUUACACAAAAUUCUUUACUUACAGAGACGGGUUAUUUAUUUGAUAUGAUGCAAAGAUCCCAAGGCAGAGUCUGUUUCACUUCUAAUUUCCAAACAACCUUGGAUUCUUUAGAUGAUUCAUCAAUGACUAAUUCUUCGACACCAAACAUGAUGCACUUGCAACAAAAUAAUACCAUAUUUCAGUCGUUAGAAUGUUUAUCAUUAGAUUCUGAAGAUAUGGGCUCUUUGAAUUGUGCAGAUAGCCUAGCAAAGGGGCAAACCCAGAAAUUUAAUGAUCGUUUCCUAAAUAGCUUAAUUGCAGAUGAAUUACAGAGAAGUACGCAUACUAUUACUAUAGAAGAAGAUUUUGGAUUUCAUCUGGAAUCUGAGGUGCUGUCCAGUUGCUCUCAUUAUGAGAAGAAAACUAGAAUUAUUCCGACACUGUCAGUAACUUCUCCUGUAAGAAACUCAACAAAACAUAUUAAUCGUAAAUUAACAAACCAUACAAUUUUACCAUAUAUCGAAUCUUCUAUGAAAAGGAUUAAACAAGUACAAAGCACCUGUGAGAUCUGUAAUAAAAACGAAAUAGUUGAACAUGAAAUAGUGAUAAAAAAUCUUCCUCCAGUAAUGUCCUUAGAAUUACUUUUAUCUGAGAAUGAGUGGACAGUUGCCAAAUCUGUAAAUGAUUGGUUAUCCCCUGAAUUUUAUGCAACUAUGUCUAAGGAUAAGGCAGUUCUCAAGAACCAUCCUAAUGAAUUAAAAACUUCCAAUCCUAUCUUUAAAUACGAGCUAAAUGGAUAUGUAGCCAAAGUUACUGACACGACUGGUGAGAAUAGGUAUGUCACCUAUUCAAAGAUAUAUGACAAUGAUGAUAAACGUUACAAGUGGUAUUUAUUCAAUGACUAUUUGGUUACAGAAAUAGAGGAAGAGGAAGCGUUGAAUAUAACCUAUUGGUGGAAAACAGUAGAGACUGUAAUAUAUUGCGAUUCUGAAGAGUUACGCAAGCCAUUUUUAUCAGUUGAUACUUAUCCGAUAAACUAUAACAUUUUAUAUCGUGAUCAUUUUGCCAAUGGUGUUAGAAAAGAUGCUGCAGCUCAGUAUCAACUAUUAACAAAAGGUGAAUUAUCUGAUAUCCCUAAACCUGGUACAUUAAUUGCAAUUGACGCAGAAUUUGUGAUAUUAAAUGAAGAAAUGAGUGACAUUGAUUGUAAAGGUAUCAAGACAAUUAUCAGGCCUAAAAAAACUGCAUUAGCAAGAGUUUCAGUGUUACGUGGUGAAGAAGGUGAUUUAUACGGAGUUCCGUUUAUUGAUGAUUAUAUUGUUCAAACUGACCAUAUUCAAGAUUAUGUUACUAAGUACAGUGGUAUUAACCCUGGAGAUUUAGAUCCUAAGAAUAGUUCUAAAGCCUUAGUGACUAGGACAGUAGCUUACAGAAAGAUUUGGUUGUUAAUGCAAUUAGGGUGUGUAUUUGUUGGACAUGGUUUAAGUAACGAUUUCAAACAAAUUAAUAUCAAUGUUCCACAGGAGCAGAUUAGGGAUACUGCCAUUUACUUCCUCCAAGGUAAAAGAUUUUUAUCAUUAAGAUACUUGGCAUAUGCUAUCCUUGAUAGAAACAUCCAAGAAGGCAAUCAUGAUUCGAUUGAAGAUGCGUACACUGCAUUAAUCCUUUACAAGAAAUACCUUGAUUUGAAAGAAAAGGGCACCUUGAAUCACGUGCUAGAUGUCAUCUAUGAAGAAGGUAGAACAACCAAUUAUAAAGUACCAGAAACCAAUAAAGAAGUGGUAGUUACCAAAUAUUGA